AUGUCACAAGAAAACUUCGAUUCAAAUGACUCGACUGCUUCUCUUGACAUGAAUAUGAGACAGCUUUCUAUGAACAAAAAACAUAGAAGACCAAAUAGAGCCUUCCAUAACCUUUCCUUUGGUAAUAUCCCAAGCAACCAUAUCCCAUCUCCUCCUAUCCCUCAGGAAACAAAUUUUGAAGUUGAUUCAGGUCAAAGAGUUUUCACUCCAAAACAAUUCGAUAGUCCUAUUUCAACUCCAGCAACACCAACUCUAAUCAAUAACGAUUGUGCUACUUUUGGUGGACCAAACAAUACUUCAAUUCAUUCAGGUUCUCAUAUAUUGGCCACUCAAAGAUGGGAAGAUCAACUUAACUAUUUGUCAAAAACUUAUGAAACUGCAAAAAAUUCAAUCCCUCCUUUACCAACCACCCAAUUCUAUUGCGUAGAUCAAGGUUCCUGUGACCCAAGAUUAUUAUCACUAUCAAUGUAUAACAUACCAAAAAAUGAGCAUAUGAGAUCAGCUACUAAAUUGCCCUUAGGUCUAACUCUUCAACCUUUUGCAAAAUUAACUCCAAAUGAACCAAUACCUGUUUGCGAUUUAACCCAAGAUGGUCCAUUACGUUGUAACCGUUGUCGUGCUUAUAUCAACCCUGGCUUCCAAUUCACUUACGAUUCUUCGGUGGUUUGUAAUAUCUGUAAAGUUAAAAAUAAACUACCACCAAACCAUUUUGCUCCUUUGGGUCCUGAUGGUCAAAGAUCUGAUAUCACUACUAAACCAGAAUUGUUCAAAGGUUGUGUAGAUUUUGCAGUUCCUAAAUUUUACAACGUUAAUAAAGACGAAGAUGCUUUACCAUUGCACUACGUCUUUUUAAUCGACGUCUCUUUAUUGGCAAAUGAAAACGGUAGCUCCUUAUCUGCAAUUGAAAGUGUUCGUGCUACUAUCGAAUAUAUCAGCGAUUUCCAACCAAAUUGUAAAGUAGCUAUUAUCAGUUAUGAUUCUAAAUUAAAAUUCUACAAUUUAAGACCAGAACUAGUAACAGCUCAAGAAUACGUUGUCACUGAAAUUAAUGAUGUUUUCCUACCAUUCUAUCAUGGUUUAUUUGCUAGUCCAAGUGAAUCAAUGACGGUUAUAGAUGACACUUUAAGAAAAAUUAGCGAAUUCAUCACAUUAGAUAAAUAUAGCCACGUACCACAAGUUUGUUACGGUUCUGCUUUGCAAGCUGGUAAACUUGCUUUAGAUACUGUUACAAAUGGCCAAGGUGGUAAAAUCAUCUGUACUUUGAACUCUUUGCCAACUGUAGGUAAUGGUAACUUAACUUUAAGAAAAGAUGAUGCUUCUAAACACCAUCUAAAAUGUGAUAACGAUUUCUACAUUAAAUUUUCUCAUGAAAUGCUAAAGAGUUAUGUUUCGUUAGAUUUGUAUGUCACAAGUGCUGCAUUUGUUGAUAUGGUUACUAUCGCAUACCCAGUUCAAGUUACCUCUGGUAAUUUGAAAUAUUAUCCACAUUUCCGUAGUGACCAA